AUGCAAACAACAACACAUACAUAUUUACAUCAACUUAGUGAAAUAGAUAUAAUUCUUUCUAUUUUAAAGGAUUUAUCAUUUGUUCUAUUAGUUUGUUUAAUUAUAAUGGUAUUACCUAAUGAAUUAGGAAAAAUUUUGCAUUGUAUAGUUAUUGGCGGUACUGCUGGUGUUUAUACUGGUAGUUCAUUGUCGAUUGAUCAAAAACCAUAA